UUUCCGUCCUGACCACCAGUGGAAUAUCAGAAAAUUGGAAAAUUUGUUCUACUUAAAACUGAUUUGGAGCACAUUUAGUAUGCCAAAAUACUCGUAAGGGCUUCCACUUUCUUUUGGCAUUCACAGUUUUUGGGACGUUUUUAAAUGGAGGCUUCCAUAGCCAGGUUUCCGUCCUUGUUGUAUCAUAAACUGAUUUGCGAUGUUAUGUAUGGAAUUAAUAACUGGGGUAUGAGAAUUCUUUAGCGAACAACAUUUGCUUAUUUCAUGGACUGUUUUCAUUCAUAGUUUUUUAAAUAAUUUUUUUUUUCUGACGCACAGUUGAAAAAAUGUAUUAAAUGUGAAAUUUCGAUGUUCUGAGGCACCCUGUUUUUUGGUGAAACUCGAUGUUAUCGAUAGUUAGCAACGUUGCUAACUUCACGCAGGUCUGAAAUCUUAUAUUCAAUAAUAUUUGUGUUAAUCAAAAUCCGCAAACAGGGACACGGCGUUUGCCAUUUAUUUGUGAAGUGCAAGAAAAAAACUUUUGGCGUAUUGUCACUUGCAAAUUAUGUGGGAAGAUCCAAAUUAUGUUAUGCAGUCAUUUUCAGGUGGCUGGACUCCGUGUCAUGAAGCAGCAUCAAAUGGAGAUGAUGCUCAUUUAUACAAACUUUUAAAACAUUUUAAACAUGUCUUCCAAAAGAAUAACCGCGAUGGAAAUACACCACUGCAUGAAGCAGCAAAGAGAGGAUACAGCAGAUGUAUUAUUGUUUUAUGUGAGACUGUGGAUAUGAUAAAUACAAAAACAAACAUUAACUUAAGAAACAGUGACGGAUUUUCUGCAUUACAUUUGGCAGCACAAAAUGGACACAAUCAAUGCUGUAGAGAGCUUUUAAUGCGAGGUUCAAGUCCGCAUAUUUCUAAUAAUUAUGGGGAUACCCCUCUACACACAGCAUGUCGCUACGGACACGCAGGAGUUGCUAGAAUAUUAUUAUCUGCAUUUUCAGAUUGUAAUAAACAAAACAAUAACGGAGACACACCUUUACAUAUUGCAUGCGCUAUGGGCAGACGAAAAAUAGCAAAACUUCUUAUAAAAUCCCAUUGUAAAACACAAAUAACAAAUAUCCAAAAUGAUACGCCAAUGGAUAUAGCGUCACGAAAGCAACAUAACGAAUUGUUACGGAUUAUAUGCUCUAGCGGGUCGACGCAAGGUUUUUAUAAAUAUAUUCUACACCAUAAGGAAACUCCAAAUGAUAUUGUGUUUUCUCCAUAUGGAUGUCAGUCUCUUUGUAAUUCUCGCCACAUAUUCUUAUCUUAUUUGGAGCCGGUAUCAAAACUAAAACUUGGAAAUGAUGAACAGUACUUCUUUGAUUUAGCUGGUAACUUAAACAAAGGGCCAAAAUGUCUAAAUAAAUUAUGCUAUUGUGAACCUGUUAUAAAGAAGUCCAAAUAA